AAUAGAAUUGACAAUCAGUGUCGAUAUGGUCGUUUGCACCUAUACUAACCUGAUCACCGAAUGAACUUUAAUAAAAACAUUCUGGUUGUCAUCAAAGCUUUGAGAGAUAUUCGACCGAAAAAAUGGGUAAAAAAGUGCCGUUUGUUUCUACUUGUUGAUUGUUUGAUAAAUUAUUAAAAGAUGAAGUUGUACAGUUUAUCUAGUGAGCCAACAAAACCAUGUCUAGUUCUCACAUUCAAGGGCAUUACAUUAAUGCUCGACUGUGGACUAAACAUGCAGUCAGUACUAAAUUUUAUGCCAAUGCCUAUGAUACCUAGUGCUAAGUUUAAUUCACUGAUAAAUUGGGUUCCUCGUGAUAACUAUCAGGACUGGCAAAUAGAAGGGGAACUGAAAGAAUGUUGUGGCAGGGUAUUUGUAGAUUCAACUCCAGAAUUUUGUCCACCUUUAGACAAAAUUAUAGACUUUUCAGAGAUUGAUGCCAUUCUAAUAUCAAACUACACUUGCAUGUUGGCAUUACCUUUAAUCACAGAAGGUACAGGUUUCAAAGGUGUCAUAUAUGCGACAGAACCUACACUUCAAAUUGGCAGAUUUUUCAUGGAAGAACUAGUAGAGUAUAUUGAGCAAACACCAAGAGAUACAAUGGCAAGGUACUGGAAAGAGAUGUUGCAUAUAUUACCACCACCUUUGUCUGAUGCUUUUAAACCAAAGUCCUGGAAACAUAUAUAUUCAAUGGCAGCUGUGAAUUCAGCAUUAGCUAACAUCCAACUGGUUGGCUAUGAUCAGAAAAUAGAUAUCUAUGGUGCUUUAUCUGUAACUCCUAUAAGCUCAGGGUAUUGUUUGGGAAGUAGCAAUUGGCUAAUAUCAAGUGAUCAUGAGAAAGUUGCAUAUGUUAGUGGAUCAUCUACACUUACAACUCAUCCAAGGCCUAUGGAGCAAACAACUUUGAAACAUGCCAAUGUGUUAAUUCUCACUGGUUUGGCCCAGAUGCCUACUGCUAAUCCUGAUACGAUGUUGGGUGAAUUGUGUAUGACAGUGGCAAUGACAUUAAGAACUGGAGGCUGUGUUUUGAUACCUUGCUAUCCUUCAGGAGUAGUAUACGACUUGUUUGAAUGUCUUAGUUCUCACCUUGACAAAUCAGGCUUCUCUGCAGUUCCUCUAUUCUUCAUAUCUCCAGUGGCAGAAACAUCUCUGGCUUACUCGAAUAUUUUAGCAGAAUGGCUGUCAACAAAUAAACAAAACAGAGUUUAUCUACCUGAAGAACCCUUCCCACAUGCAUUUCUUGUAAAAAAUGCCAGACUAAAACAUUACACUUCCACUUAUGCUGAAGGAUUCAGCACUGAUUUUAGGCAACCUUGUGUUGUUUUCUGUGGACAUCCUAGUUUAAGAUUUGGUGAUGCGGUACAUUUCAUACAGAUGUGGGGCAACAAUCCUCAGCAUACCGUCAUAUUCACAGAGCCUGAUUUUCCAUACCACGAAGCGUUAGCACCUUUCCAACCACUCGCGAUGAAAGCUGUACAUUGUCCAAUAGACACAUCGUUGAAUUUCACACAAGCAAAUAAAUUAAUCCGAGACUUGAAACCAGAGAAUCUAGUUGUACCUGAGCGGUAUGUGCAACCGCCGCUAACUGCACCUCAUAGGACUGAUUUGGUUAUUGAACCAGUGGGGGAAAAGUCAUUGAUCACAUUUAAAAGAGGUGAAGUAAUAAAACUUCCAAUGAAGAGGAAGAAAGGACGAGUAUUCAUUGAACCAGGUCUGGCUGAAAAUAUCAUCCCGAGUGAAAUUCGGCCAGGAUUGAGUUUAGCUUCUAUUAGUGGAGAGCUUGAAGUGAAAGAUAACGUUUACACAAUCAAGAGUUUGCCGGAAAGGCCCCCCGAAAACAGAAAACGAAAAGCUUCAAUUAAGGACCAAAUUAUUUUUAAAGAAGACGUUUUGAAAGAGAGACGACACGAGUACGGAAACUUGGAUCCUCAGGAACUUCUUCAGAAGCUGAAUCAAGAAGGAAUCACUGGUGCAAAGUUACAGCACACACCUACGUCGAUCAGUAUUCAUUUACCGGACGACACGCUUAUACAAAUAAGUGACAGCUCGACUCAUAUAUUUUGCAAUAGCGACCAAAAAUUAAGACGAAGGCUGAGAAACAUAAUAAUGCAGUGCCUAAAACGAUUUUAAAAUUAAAUAUAGAGUUUUA